AUGAUGAUGGCAAUCAGUGUGCUAUUCAAAAGCAGUUACCUAUGGCUGAACCAGAAUGUGUAAGAACCAUGACUGAAACUGCACCAUGCAUUGGAUCGUUCUCUGCUGUUAAGACACUUUGGGAAGUGAGAAUUCAGAAAAUAAAUGAAGAACUACGGAAGGAAAAGGAAUUCAGACAGAGGGCUGUAGGCAGACUGACGCUUGUCUGGGAGGAAAGAGUUAGUUUAGCCAAGCUCAAAGAAAAAGUUAUCACUGAAGAUGGAAGAGCUAUAUUAAGGAUAGAACAAGAAGAAUGGAAGAUGUUACCUUCUUGCUUACUGAAACUGAACCACCUCCACGAAUGGCAGCUUCACAGAAUUAGUUUGGUGAAAAUUCCUGAAUUCAUUGGAAGGUUUCAAAAUCUCAUUGUGCUGGACCUAUCCCGAAAUGCCAUUGAAAAGCUACCUAAAGAGAUUGGCCAGCUGCCUAACCUCCAAGAGCUCCUCCUCAGUUAUAAUAAAAUUAAAUCUGUUCAGAAAGAGCUAAGUAACUGCAUCAGCCUCGGAAGACUGGAACUGGCUGUGAACAGGGAUAUCUGUGACCUUCCACUUCAGCUCAGUGAGCUAAAGAAGCUUUACCAUGUAGAUCUGAGUAUGAACCAAUUUACUACCAUCCCUUCAGCUCUCCUGAACAUGCCAAGUCUAGAAUGGUUAGACAUGGGGAGCAACAAACUUCAGCAACUCCCUGAUACGGUUGACAGAAUGGAGAACCUCCAUACUUUAUGGCUCCAACGGAAUGAAAUAACCCAUUUACCGGAAACCAUCAGUAAUAUGAAAAAUCUGAGUACUCUUGUCCUCAGUAACAACAAACUCCGGGAUAUUCCUGCUUGCAUGCAACAAAUGACAAAUCUCAGAUUUGUCAACUUCAGAGACAACCCAUUGGAGCUGCAGGUAACACUUCCCCCAUGUGAGAAUACUGAAGAGGAGGAGGAACGGGAAUUGUUUGGUAUUCAGUUCAUGCAUAUGUAUAUUCAAGAGUCACUCAGCAGAGCAGAAAACCUGGACAACUGUAUACCUGUUGCUUCUGCCACCAUUAAUGAUAAUGAAUAAAAAAUUAAACAACCUGCCAAACUGAACUUUUGAACUUGGAGGAAAAUAUAAAUUCUACUUCUUCUGAACAGAGAAAACAGCAAUAUUGCAGUGUGCCGAGAAAAAAUGCCUUAUGACUUUCAUACUGCUAGGAGUCAGCUGGAAUCUUCUUGUGAUUCCAAAAGAAAUUUAAGUUCAAAGCUUUUGUAGGUACCGAAAGACUACAAAAUGUUUUCUAAAAGUACUAAAUCUGUGAAUAAGGUUUUUAAAAAAUCCAGAGACGUUUUGUCGAGUUCUGUGUCCUGCCCAUUCCAAAUCUGUCUCCCAUUAUGCAGUUGGCUGAGGUACUGAAGAUUGACUUGGUACAGCUGUCAAGAGCACAUUCUCCAAGGAAACAGAAGAAUCUGUAUAGUAUUGUAAUGCAGCAUUGUACCCUUUCUGUUGUAAAUAUUUGAUCCGUCCCUGGUCGAUCAAGAGUUUACAAAGAUGACCUAUCUGCUUUCGUUCUUCAACAGUAAGUAGCCUAGCUCCAAAAAGAAAAAACAUGAAUUAGUCAACACAAAUGGUUCAAGAUCAGAAAGGCUGUAAAAACUAACUGAUGCACUUCAAUGCAGAUAAAGUGUGACUGUUUUGGAAUAAAAAUUUGAAGACUUAUGUCACUUAAAUGUGCAUGUUUUUCAUUUAAGUACUUCAGAUGGAUAUGUUUCUGUAAAAUGAGCUAUUCUGACAUUCAAAAAUGCUUAAUCAUUCAGCUAUAAAUGACUGUCUAAUCCA